GAAUUAGUCGUCAAUAUGUCGGGUUUCGGAAUUGCUCAUUUAAACAUUUUUCUUUGCCUACUUGGUUUUACUAUGGCCCUUGAUGACUCUCAAGCAUUUCACAUUAGAAUGCAAAGAGACUCAUCACUUGACAACGACCAAAUAUUGGGAUCAAGUAAAUCGUCUCAAGCCUCCGACCUAGAGAAACAACCAAAAAUAGACGACCACAGGAAACAACACUUCAAAAAUCCCAGGAAGGUCCGUAAUAAUAAAAGAUGCUUUCAAGGCUGUCCAUUUGGUCUCGAAGACACACUAUUAGACUGCUCUCGUCCAUGGGGUUGGGGCCCGGGUCCUCUGUACCCUGAGUAUGGACCGCAUUUUCACCGCGGUUGGGCUGGACACGGAAGUCCAUUUGGAUGUAAUAAUUGUGGGUUUGGAGGUCCCUGGAGAGUUCCUGGUUGUUCAUGUGGCUGUAAUAACUACGGCUGGCGUUGUUGUGGCCAAGGUGGUGGGGAAGGCAAUGAUUGUCCACAAUUUAACGACGAUGUUUCAUCCAACGGGAAACCACGACACAGAGGGGCUCCACCACUUUUCAAUCCCUUUAUUGGAAAUCAAGUGAAUUUGAAGGGUCCAUUUAAUAUGAGACAAGGCAAAAAGCUUCAACGACGACAGGAUAUCACUUACGGUACUACCCCUAAUUACGGAUAUGGAUGGGGAAAUGGAUAUGGAUGGGGGAAUGGAUAUGGAUGGGGACAGCAAUCGGUAGAUCAAGAUCCUUACCAGGGAACGUAUGGGAACUGGCAAGUUCCUCAGCAAGCUCAGCAAACGUGCCCGGACUGCCCGUUAGACAAGGUUGUUGGAAGUUUAUUCCUAUGGAGACCAAAGGGACCAACUAAACCAGUCAUGAAAGGGAAACCAGCUAAAACGGGGAAUCAAAAGCCUAAAAUGCUGGUUUAAAUACGUGAGAAGGUACCACCAAGGACACAAGUCCAUAAAGGAUAAUGCCAUUUUAUAUAUAUUGCAAUUUUUAACCCAAGAGGAGAACGUCAAGUUUCCUUCAGUUAUAUAAAAUAGAUUCUAGACAACGUUUCGAACUGCUCUCGCUAUAUUCCUUUGACUAAAAACACAAAAUUUCAGUUGAGACCAGGUGCGUUCCAUGGAAAGAAAUGGCACUGGAGCAUUUCAUGGAAAGUCUUGAAAUAUCCACUGAUUAAGUUACCAGUGUUGUAAAAAAUUUGAUACAAUAUCCACAGUUAUGUGAAACGUGUUAAAGGGAGUAAUAGUGCUGCAAAAAUGCUUUAGUAGAGCGUAACCUCGUGUAAACUGUACGCUCUUAA